UCAACUUUGGCACCACGUUGAUGUCAUAUAAUAAACGGCCCACUGGAAGAUAUAAACCUUCUUUUCGGGAUUGGAAGUCAAACAUAUUGGUUUGAAAUUGGUAGCUUUCACAUAAGCUCCAAACAAAAUCUGCCAAAAUGGUGAACUUCACAAUAGACCAGAUCCGUGGGAUCAUGGACAAAAAGACCAAUAUCCGCAAUAUGUCUGUCAUAGCCCAUGUUGAUCAUGGAAAAUCAACCUUGACUGACUCUCUUGUGACAAAAGCUGGUAUUAUCGCUCAAGCCAAAGCUGGUGAAAUGAGAUUUACCGAUACUCGUAAGGAUGAACAAGAAAGAUGCAUUACUAUCAAAUCAACGGCUGUUUCUAUGUACUACGAGUUAACAGAUGCUGACAUGGUAUUUUUACAAGGCCAAAAAACUGUCGGAAAUGCAUUUUUAAUCAAUUUAAUUGAUUCGCCCGGACACGUCGAUUUCUCGUCUGAAGUUACUGCAGCCCUUCGAGUCACAGAUGGAGCUCUGGUUGUUGUUGAUUGUAUCAGUGGUGUUUGUGUUCAAACUGAAACUGUGCUCAGACAAGCUAUUGCAGAAAGAAUUAAGCCUGUCCUUUUUAUGAACAAAAUGGACCGUGCAUUGCUUGAGUUACAACUUGAACAGGAAGAUUUGUAUCAGACGUUUCAACGUAUUAUUGAAAGCACUAAUGUUAUUAUUGCCACAUAUGGUGAUGACGAAGGUCCAAUGGGUGUUAUCCAGGUUGAUCCAUGCAGAGGAACUGUUGGAUUUGGCUCUGGUCUUCAUGGUUGGGCAUUUUCACUGAAACAAUUUGCUGAAAUUUAUGCAAGUAAAUUUAAGAUUGAACCUAUCAAACUGAUGAAACGUUUGUGGGGUGAUCAAUAUUACAAUGCAAAAGAAAAGAAAUGGAACAAAACAGGUGGUGAUGGAUAUGUGCGAGGCUUUAAUCAAUUUGUUCUAGAUCCAAUUUAUAAGAUGUUUGAUGCUGUAAUGAAUUUCAAGAAAGACAUGACUGCAAAAUUGCUCGAAAAACUUAACAUCAAAUUGUCAUCUGAAGAAAGAGAACUUGAGGGAAAACCACUGGUAAAGAAAAUUAUGCAAAAGUGGCUUCCAGCUGGUGAAACUAUGUUGCAAUUGAUUACCAUUCAUCUUCCAUCUCCUGUCACUGCACAAAGAUACAGAGCAGAAUUGCUAUAUGAAGGACCACAUGAUGACGCAGCUUUCUUAGGAAUCAGAGAUUGUGAUGAGAAUGCACCUCUCAUGAUGUAUGUGUCAAAAAUGGUACCUUCUUCAGACAAAGGGCGUUUCUUUGCCUUUGGACGCGUGUUCUCUGGAAAGGUAGGAACUGGAAUGAAGGCAAGAAUUAUGGGACCCAACUUUGUGCCAGGAAAGAAAGAUGACUUAUACGUAAAAUCUAUUCAGAGAACUAUUUUAAUGAUGGGACGUUACACUGAACCAAUUGAGGAUGUGCCAUGUGGAAAUAUCUGUGGUCUUGUUGGUGUUGAUCAAUACCUUGUUAAAACUGGUACACUUACCACACUAGAAACUGCACAUAACAUGAAACAAAUGAAAUUUUCUGUAUCCCCUGUGGUUCGCGUUGCUGUUGAACCGAAAGAUCCUCAACAUCUUCCCAAGCUAGUUGAAGGUUUAAAACGAUUGGCAAAAUCAGAUCCUAUGGUGUUAUGUCUUACAGAGGAAUCAGGUGAACACAUUGUUGCUGGAGCAGGAGAAUUGCAUUUAGAAAUCUGCCUGAAGGAUUUGGAAGAAGACCAUGCUGGUAUUCCAUUAAAAAAAUCUGAUCCUGUUGUUUCUUAUCGUGAAACUGUAUCUGAGCGUUCAAGUAUGACAUGUUUGUCAAAAUCACCAAAUAAACACAACAGAUUGUUCAUGACUGCAGUUAAUAUGCCUGACGGUUUGCCUGAAGAUAUUGAUAACAACGAAAUAGAGCCACGACAAGAAUUUAAAGCAAGAGCAAGAUAUCUUUCUGAUAAAUAUGACUAUGAUGUUGGCGAGGCUAGAAAAAUCUGGGCUUUUGGACCAGAGGGUACUGGACCAAAUUUGAUGAUGGAUGUUUCCAAAGGAGUGCAAUAUUUAAAUGAAAUUAAGGACAGUGUUGUAGCUGGUUUCCAAUGGGCCACAAAAGAAGGAGUAAUGUGUGAUGAAAACAUGAGAGGAGUUCGCUUCAACAUUCACGAUGUCACAUUGCACGCCGAUGCUAUUCAUCGUGGUGGCGGCCAAAUUAUACCAACUGCUCGUCGUUGUCUGUACGCGUGUGUGCUGACAGCUCAACCAAGAUUGUUAGAACCAGUGUACUUGGUCGAAAUCCAGUGUCCACAAGAUGCGACUGGUGGUAUCUACUCUUGUCUCAACAAACGUCGUGGACAUAUCUUUGAAGAAAACCAAGUGGCUGGAACUCCUAUGGUAUUUGUCAAAGCAUACUUGCCUGUCAAUGAAUCAUUCGGUUUUACUGCAGAUUUACGAUCCAAGACACAAGGUCAAGCUUUUCCACAAUGUGUGUUUGACCAUUGGCAGGUAAUGCCUGAUGAUCCACUAGAAGGGACUACCAAGUCUGGUGUCGUUGUCCUCGCCACAAGAAAACGCAAAGGGUUGUCGGAGACUGUUCCACCACUCGACAAAUAUUAUGACAAAUUGUAGGUUUUACAUAAACUAUAAAAUCUUAAUGUGAAUUAAAGGAAAACAGCCUUCUGAAUAAGGUUUGUGAUAAACAAUUAA